CCUUUUUUAUCUUAAUUUUUUCUUUUUUGAGUUUCUUUGUGCCAAGAGGGUUGCCUAAAAUAAUGCUCAACUGUAGACUUUAGAAGGUCCAGAGUUUCUGUCUUGUAUUGUGGAACUAUAACCCUCCAAAGCAUUUGCUAGCACAAGCAACCAAGCCACUCCCUGUCUUUCCUUCAUCAACUAAUUCAACCAACUAGGAAUUUAAAAGAAACAAAAACUAAAAACAAAAAUUGACAAUUGUAAUAGUAACAUAACAUCUUUUUUUAUGAUCAACAAUUAAAAUAACAUCUUAAACAACUCAUCCAUUGGACACCUUCUUAUUUGGUGCCCAACUAGCAUGGACUUUCCAUAUGCAUAGAAUACAUUCCACAAACAACAACCAGAACUCUUCCAAAUCCCAUAUCUUCCUCUCCCCCAUUUCUCCUCCAUCAACCUCUCCAAUACAUCCCCAACGCCUGCCCUCUAUUUCCUAGGAAAAACUCCAAAAACAUCGCGACGAAACGAGUAUGUUUUUGGAGAAUUCAGACUCAUACAGCAGGCUGUCAUUUUGCAGAAUAUUCAUUUGGUGAUGUGAUUUUGGUUUACCUUCUCAAAACCUAAGUCAAGAUUACAUAUCUCUUGAUUUCUUGGGCAUAUUCUGCAGACACCUAAUACCUCUUUCAUUUCACCGUGCAAAUUGUUUAUUGCCUUUUAAAUUGUGGAGUUUUUAUAGAUUCUUUAUUUGUUUAUGAAUUGUGGAAGCUUUGUAUAAUAGGAACUUUCAUGGAUGUGGAAUACAGAUGGAUAUAUGCGAUUUCAAUCCAAGAAGAAUUUAACAACAAAAUCACAAGGAGACUUCCAGGGUUGCAUUGAUUGAUGGAGUUCUUCAACUGGUACAUAAUCUGGCUGAUGAUCUUAUUUUCUCUGUCAUCGCCAUCACCGUCAUUCAUGCAAGCCUCCAAUCGCUAUGAUCCUUUGUCCUUGACAAAUUUUCUCCAUGAUUAUGCAAAUGCAAGCCUAAGGAACCUGCACACUGGCACGCUGUACAAUAUUUCUCUCCCGGCUAAUUUUUCUGGCAUGGAAGCUUCAUUUGUUAGGAUCCUUAGUGCAAAGUUUUGGAGUAGAGGUGCAAAUUUCAGUUCAUUUUAUAUCCCACCAAAGGUUAUACCAUUACCUUCUGGCAGAAGGUUAGCUAUAGUGUUUGAAAAUUUAGGCAAUUGGUCUUCACUUUACUACAAAGUAUCAAAUUACACAUUGGUUGCUCCUGUUGUUGGAUUCAUGGCUUAUGAUUCUCCAAAUGCAACUGUAAUUGGCAACCAGAAGCUCACGUUCACUGCCGACGGUGACCCCAUCACAAUCCGGUUUCCUCACAUUGAUGCUGCGCAAGGGGAAAAUAUGACACGAAAAUGUGUCCAAUUUGGUGAUUGGGGGACCUUUGAGAUCACGAACAUGACUAGUGAAAAUGAGUGCAUUACACGUGGUAUAGGGCAUUUUAGCAUUGUUGUUGCAUCCCCGCCAACACCAGCACCGGCGCCAGGGAAGAAAAAGAGGAACCGGAAAUGGUUUGUGGUUGGAAUUGUGUUUGGGUUAGCAUUUUUAGGGUUGGUAAUGAUAGUCACAUUCAAGUUACUGACGAAGAGGAAACUUAAAUCUAUGGAGAAGCAGUCCGAAAAAGAUGUGGCGUUUGAUACAUUUUGGGUUGGGAGAAGUAAAAUGCCUUCUGCAUCCAUGACUAGAACUCAACCCUACCUUGAACAUGAAUAUGUUCCUUGACCCAAGUUUUAUUUUUACUUCUUUUCCUUUGUGUGCUUCUUUCCUUUCCAUACAAAUUUGUAAUAGCGAAGUUAAAUUAAUUUAUGAACUUUAGAACGAUGACA